UUUCAUCUUUUCCUUCUUUUUCUAUUACUAUAAUAAUAAUUCUUUUCCUGUUUCUCUCUCUCUCUCUCUCUAUAUCCAUCUGGUUUUUGGUUUCUCUUCCCUCCUGUUUUUCCCUCUCUCUCUCUCUCCACCCAUCCCUUUCCCUCCUUCUCUCUACUCUCCAUCCCCUUCUCCCUCCAAAUUAACACAACCCAGAAUCCAGUCCCUUCGAGAUCCAUACAAUUCAAGUUGAAUUUCCCAGUUUGGACCACUGUCUCAAUCCCUCUAACCGAUCAUCUUAUUCAUUCAGUUCUUAGAUCAAAGUAGCAGCUAGCUAGCUAGCGCACAAGUUGUAAACAAACAACCUUGUCUUUUUUGUUUCUAAGGUUAACCUACUAGCAUAUAUAUAUAUAUAGCUACUGUAGAGAGAGAGAGAGAGAGAGAGAGAAGAUGAACCCAGUUCCAGCAGCAUCUAAUAACAAGAGCAGCAGCAACAAUAACAUGAGUGGGCAGUUCGGUGACACCACAUACACUAAGGUGUUUGUUGGUGGGCUUGCGUGGGAGACUCACAAGGACACCAUGAAGAACUACUUUGAACAGUUCGGUGAAAUCUUGGAGGCUGUUGUCAUCACUGACAAGGCUACUGCCAGAUCCAAAGGCUAUGGAUUUGUAACUUUUCGCGAUCCAGAGGCAGCCAUGAGAGCUUGUGUUGACGCUGCACCAGUGAUUGAUGGCAGAAGGGCUAACUGCAAUCUUGCUUCCUUGGGUGUUCAGAGAUCCAAGCCUUCAACCCCUAAUAAACAUGGAGGAGGAGGAGGGGGGAGGAACUUUAUGGUAAUGAGUGCUUUUCAGGGAGGGUUUGGCGGAGCUGCUGCAGCUUUUCCUUCUCCAUCAAACUUUUCCCAUUAUGCCAUCCAACAAGGCAUUCCUUAUAAUCUCUAUGGGUACUCUUCGUACUCGCCAGACUACACCUACCCCACGGGUUACUACAGUGUGUAUGGAGGAGUCACCGGGCAGUUUCCAAUGUAUGGAACCGGGGCAAGUGGACUGUUAUCCGGCGCGGCGGCCGCGGCCGCCUUCUAUCCUUACUUGAACUUCGGAGAAGGAAACGGUGGAGCCACCACCGGCUACACGGCGGCAGCUAGCCAGGGCUACGGCGGCGUCCAGUAUCCUCACCACCUCUUUCCGUACUCGGCUACCGUUAACACCACCGCCGGUUACCCUGCACAGCACUUUGCCAACCCCAUUUCUCUUGCUCACACAGCUCCAAUGCAAUCAGGCUUGACCAUGGCGGCGUUACGUGCACCGCUGCCUCAUCGCUAAUAGGAUGGCAUUACUUAUCAUCAAGAGAGAUGAACUUUAGUAGUCGUCGUCGUCUACCUACUUAGUUACUUCAUCAUGAUCUGAUCGAUCAAUCGAAGUACCUUUGGCCUGCCAUGGUUACAUCUUCUACCUUUCUCUCUUCGUCGUAAAUGGCGGCCCGAAUGUGGAAAUUCGGGCCCGCCCAAGGGCUGGAUCCCCUCGUAGGGGCACCAUACCCUUUCAGAGUUUGGAGUAAAAGUUAUCAGUUUUCUUCUCUUUCAAGGAAAGGUUCCUUCAAGAGAUAGAAAUUGCAUCAUCACAUCACCAACUCUAGCUUGUGGUACAGCCAGGUUGGUAAUGUUUUUCUUGUCAUUUUUCUUUUGGGUUUCAAGAAAGACUUAGGCUUCGGAAAAGCUAAGGAAACUGUUUGGGAAAACAAAAAAUCAAAAAAAAAAAAAAAAAGACAUUAAGAAGGGCCAAUGGAAAUGGUCCUAAUUAAUAACCAACAUAGUUUAAUUUAGCUUGUAAAUUGGACCAUGCAUCAAAAUCCCAGUUUUCAAAAGCACCUUAACGUUGAUCUUGAAGACUAAUCACUCCCUUGAAAUAAUAUAAUAAUAAUAAGCAUGAUGUUGUAGUUAUCAUAAGUUAGAGUACGUAGUAGUAGCUAGGGAAAUCAUCAUGGGAAUCAUGUCGGAUGCCCAGAGUUUUUGCUAGUCUUAGGAUUUUACAACUUAGACUAGGAUACCUUCUUGUCUGUUAGUUACGUUCCUCCAAAAUUUAGCAAAUUUCACAGAAAUUCCCAUCUUUCUUUAGGGUUAAGGGUGGUGGGGUUGUUAAUAUUUGGUUGUUUUGGAUCAUGGACUGAAGCUUGGGAGCUUUAGGCAUGGAAAAGUAUGUACUAGGUGUAGGAGAUAGUGCAUUUUGUUUGUUGUUAUGAAUGUGGUAGAAAUGAAGUGAUGAACUCCAUUAUUUGAGUGAAUGGAGUUUGUCCUUCCAAAGAGAAGAAACCCUUGGGAGAUAUUUGGGGUCUCUUGGGUUCUUCUUCUUCUUUUUCUAUUAAAGUGGAUUGUGUCAACCAUGGUCAGGACUUAGGUCUUCGUCUCUCUCUCUCUCUCUCUCUCUGUCAUCUAUCUAUGUCUGCUACGUACUUUAAGCUGCAUGCAUGCAUGGAAUUUGAAUUCAUACUUUUGCUAUGUAUGUAUGUAUAAGAUUAUGGAUGGUUUGGAUUAUUAUUGUAAGUAGCUAGGAACUGAACAAAAUUCACUCUCCAUAGGUUGGGGAUGAUGAAUGCUCGCUUUGAUUAUUAGCUACCUACCUGCAUGUUCAAAUACUAUUUCCUUUUUAAGUAAAUUAGAGUCUUUUUUUUUUUU